AAGUCUUAUGUCAAGGAAAACUGAACUGAAUUUGCUGCAGCUAUUGUGUUCAAACGGUUCAAACCUUUAUCAGGCAAGAACUCAGGGCAAAGUGCAUUGAAUAUCAGCUAUCAUCAAGAUAUGAGAGAUGCAGAUUAAUCAAUAAUCUCAUUCAGUGUUAUUAGUUCGGGGUUUAUGACCAAGACAGUGGUAUAAAGGGUAGCCUUUUGUUUCUGCUGUGUUCAUCACAGUUGUCUCAGGUAAGCUACACACAAACUGGCGUAUCGUCUACACUGCAACAGUCUCUAGGGUUAGUCGCUUAUAGAGCACAGGGCAGUGGAAGGAAUCGUGCAGCAGUUUAAAGUUUCUCUGUUUAUUCUGGUGUUUACAGGAUGUUCAAGUUAGUGAUACUGUUCCUGACACUGUCAGGCCUCCAAGCUGCCCCACUUGCAGUCCCAAGAAGUUUGCAGAAGACAUCUUCAACCUAUAAGCUCCCUGAUGGCUUUCACCAGGGCACUGAACACUCCGACAUCCAUGAACCUGUUCCUAGGGGCUUCCGACAAGGUACAGAGCCCUCCAGGAGGUUCCUUGUUGACCUCAACACAGGCCUGGUGCAGGAACACAUCAGUGAGAUGGACAGGAGAGUGGAGGGAUUUGGAGAGAUGGAGAGAAGACACUGGCUGACAGACGAGGUCCCUGUUGAUGUUCCAACCCAGAAGAAUGGUGGUGGUUGGGUCCGGGUGGAGGAACCCUCUGCUCCUCAUCUCCCCGAUGGUUUCAGACAAGGAACCGAACCUGUGAUGUCUAUCCCAGAUGGUUUCAGACAGGAAACCGAACCCGUGAUGUCUAUCCCAGAUGGUUUCAGACAGGGAACAGAACCCAUGAUGUCUAUCCCAGAUGGUUUCAGACAGGGAACAGAACCCAUGAUGUCUAUCCCAGAUGGUUUCAGACAAGGAACAGAACCCAUGAUGUCUAUCCCAGAUGGUUUCAGACAGGGAACAGAACCCAUGAUGUCUAUCCCAGAUGGUUUCAGACAGGGAACAGAACCCAUGAUGUCUAUCCCAGAUGGUUUCAGACAGAGAACAGAACCCAUGAUGUCUAUCCCAGAUGGUUUCAGACAAGGAACAGAACCCAUGAUGUCUAUCCCAGAUGGUUUCAGACAGGGAACAGAACCCAUGAUGUCUAUCCCAGAUGGUUUCAGACAGGGAACAGAACCCAUGAUGUCUAUCCCAGAUGGUUUCAGACAGGGAACAGAACCCAUGAUGUCUAUCCCAGAUGGUUUCAGACAGGGAACAGAACCCAUGAUGUCUAUCCCAGAUGGUUUCAGACAGGGAACCGAACCCAUGAUGUCUAUCCCAGAUGGUUUCAGACAGGGAACCGAACCCAUGAUGUCUAUCCCAGAUGGUUUCAGACAGGGAACCGAACCCAUGAUGUCUAUCCCAGAUGGUUUCAGACAGGGAACCGAACCUAUGAUAUCUAUCCCAAAUGGUUUCAGACAGGGAACCAAACCCAUUCUUAUAAUCCCCUUGCGCUUUAGACAGGGAACUGAACACUUUACCUCUGGGCUUCAAACAAAAAGAGUGGCUUGUAAGGGGGAGGUCAUUGAUGGAAAAUGCUAUGAGUUCAACCCAACGUCGCUGGCCUUUCAAGAUGCACAGGCUUUAUGCAGAGCUCUCGCCCCGAAUGCUGAGCUUGCAUCUGUAACCACUGGCGAUCUGCAUUCCCGCCUGGUUGCCCUGGCAACCAAGGAUGGCGAGCGCAACCCUGUGUUGACCUGGCUGGGAGGCAUAGUCAAGAACCAGCAGGCAUCAUGGGUAGACGGGUCAGAGUGGAGUUACAGCGACUGGAUGCCAGGUCACCCCAACAUUCACACUGAUAAACCUGUCUGUGUGGAGAUGUUUAAGAUAGACGAGAGCUGGUGGACGGCAGCCGACUGUGAACUGAAGAGAGCGUCCAUCUGUUCAUACCAGAUCACUGCAUGAAAACCACAAAGAAACACAGCAUAAGAGGGUGGCUCGCUUCAUUUAUUCUCUUAUGAGUACCCUUAACAAUCUUAUAGACAAUAUUGUUUCCAUUAGUUUGGGCUACCGUUGUCUGCAUCUGUCUCUAUUUCCUUAAAUAAAACCUGGCAUUUUA